CUCUGUCUUCUCCGACGAAUACUAUUGCAUCUUCGUGAAACGGCCAUGGAUUUGCUUGCGAAGACCACCGAGUCUUUUGGUGUGCGCAUUGACGCCAGCAACUCCCUCAUUCAAGCUGCAGUCUAUGUUUUCCUGGUCGCUGGCAUAGCUGCAUUUGCGGCUCCUGUUAUCAGCACCAUCAGGGUGUUGCUCAGCUUGUUUGUUCUGCCGGGUAAAUCUCUCACCACCUAUGGCCCCCGCGGCACCUGGGCCCUCAUAACCGGCGCCUCUGAUGGCCUUGGCAAAGAGUUCGCCCUAUCCCUCGCAGCAAAAGGCUACAACCUCGUCCUUGUCUCGCGCACGCAAUCUAAGCUCGACACCCUCGCUGCCGACAUCUCCACCAAAUAUGGCCCCAAGGUCUCCACCAAAACUCUGGCCAUGGACUUCGCCCAGAACAAAGAUACAGACUACACCAGCCUGAAGAAGCUCAUCGACGGACUCGACGUAAGCAUCCUCGUCAACAACGUCGGCCUAAGCCACAGCAUCCCCGUACCCUUCGUCGAGACACCAAAACAGGAGUUGAACGACAUCAUCAUGAUCAACUGCAUGGCCACGUUGAGAGUCACCCAGCUCGUCACCCCCGGCAUGAUCUCCCGCAAGAGAGGCCUCGUCCUCACCAUGGCUUCAUUUGGCGGUUUCUUCCCAACACCGCUUCUCGCGACUUACUGCGGCAGCAAAGCCUUCCUGCAGCAAUGGUCCACCGCGCUCGGCUCCGAGCUCCAGCGCCACGGCGUCCACGUUCAGUGCGUCCAGUCGCAUCUCAUCACCACGGCCAUGUCCAAGAUCCGCAAACCGUCUGCGCUGGUGCCCAACCCGAAGCAGUUUGUCAAGGCCACGCUGGGCAAGAUCGGCCGGUCUGGAGGCGCGCAGAAUGUCGCUUUCACGAGCACCCCGUACUGGAGUCAUGGGCUGAUGCAGUGGUUUCUUUCGCGAUUCUUGGGCGAGAGGUCUAACCUCGUUGUCAAGGUGAACAGGGGUAUGCACGAAGAUAUUCGCAAGCGCGCGCUUAGGAAAGCAGAGAGAGACGCGAAGAAGCAAUAAGCACUUGAACGGGUUGGCACGUGGUGGUCGUUGGAAACCGAGAAGUAGGAAGUCAUGAUUGAGUUACGUGAACAAAGGUUACAACGAUGGUUCCAGCCGUACUAUGUUGGUAUGAAAUAGCUAGUCACCAAAAUAAUGUAUAUGUCAAAGUGAGAUAUGAACAUGAAUACCAGGCUCGGCGAACACACACAAACACCCAGCGACAUAGUCGUCCAAACAGAGCACGUAAUAAUUUCUCUCCCUCUCACUCACACUCCUCAACUCAACUCCACGCCACACGCCAAACACCACGUGUAUCCACAAUGCAACGACCGAGACACCUACC